GUUUAUACUCGUGAUAAUGAUACUUUAUCGAUAACGAAUAUCUUCAUUUCUCAACGACAUCUCACUUUUAGCGGUGAGUGUUGCGAAACUGUUAUCAACUUGUGCUCUAUACUUUAAAGUUUUCAAUUUAGUGUAUAGAGUAUUAAGAAAACGAGAAAUGCACAAAAGUGAAGUGAAAAGCAAGUGAGUUAUAGUGAAAAAUGGUGAAAAGAAUUGGUAAUAAAUUUACGCUAUCCGAUUUAUGGGUAACUUCAAAUGAAAAGUUGAGCGACUUUUACUUGACGUCAUGGCAACGGGGAGAUUCAGCAGUCCCAAUGUUGCUGGUGCGGUUGUUUUUGAGCAUGGUGACUGUGGGAAUCUUAGUGUGGUCACUGAUUUCUGGAGCUAGUCCCUAUUGGUUAAUAUACCUUACAAACUGGGGCCUACUUUUAGUAACAUCAUUGACUCUUAGUAGUCUAUUGGUGUCAUGUUUUGCAGUUGGCAAUAAAUUACCUGAUGGGGGCAACUUGCCGUGGUACGUGAGCAUGUACUGGCUCCUUUACAACAUCACUGUUUCCGUAGCUAUAAUGAUAACGGCUCUCUAUUGGAUUCUACUGUUUAGUCCAGAAAUUAAAGCGGAACAAACUCCUGCUCAAUUCUGGUUGGACGUGGCGACCCACGGAUUCAAUUCUUGUGUGGCCUUUGUUGAAGUGAUUCUGUCACGUACUCCGCUCCACUUCGUGCAUAUCUACCAACCCCUUGGCAUAGGGUUGUGGUAUGCUAUGUUCUCCGCUAUUUACUAUUUAGCCGGAGGUACUGACAGCAUUGGUAACCCUUUCAUCUACGAGGUUUUGGAUUGGAGGCAAUCAGGCCGUGCUGGGGUGAUAGUCGCAAUAUCGGCGGCUAGCCUUAUUAUGCUAUACACAGCAUUAUGGGGUCUAAGUAUAUGCCGAGAUAAGUUGUCUACAUUACUCAUUCGGACUACGAGCCUGAGUCUCCCUCUGACGCCUCCCGAUAGGCACACGGCAACUGGGAUAGUAUGACAUUACGAAUGUCAUUGUUAAGAGUAGGUACUUAAAUAUUUUCAAUCAAAGAUAUUGGAAAAUACAAAUCCUGAAACAUUCCAGACGAUAUUUUGAAGUCCUAUUGAUUCUUUUCAAAAGAUCGCUAC